CUCUUAAUCUGGCUAGCAUUCAAUGAACUCCAAAUGUAACAAAAGCAAGGAGCAGCAAGCAGUUCAACCAGCUAUCAAUUGUUGAACAAGGAAGCAAUCUCUCUAACCUGAAAGUUCCUUCUCAAAUGACUGCACUUCCUUCAAUCAGUUCACCCUCUUCUUCAUCUUCUUUGUAUCCUAAUUAUCAAUCAUCACCACUAAUUUUCUCUUCAAAGACUGCCCAAGACCCUAGCUUACCUUUCUUCACUGUCAGAUCAAAUGGAUCUUUAAGGGGUAGGUCAUCCUCGUGCACAGUUCCGAGAGGCCUAAGAGUCUUCAAUGCAGCAACAAAACCUGCAAAAUCACCAGCUGAGGAAGAUUGGAAGACUAAGAGAGAAGUUCUUCUACAGAAAAAGGUCAGGAGUGUGGAUGUGAAGGAAGCUCUGCGCCUUCAGAAAGAAAACAACUUUGUGAUUCUUGAUGUGAGACCAGAAGCGGAAUUCAAAGAGGCUCAUCCACCAGGUGCUAUCAAUGUACAAGUAUAUAGGCUUAUAAAGGAAUGGACAGCAUGGGACAUUGCAAGGCGCGCUGCAUUUGCAUUUUUUGGCAUCUUUGCUGGCACAGAAGAAAAUCCUGAGUUUAUGCAGACUGUGGAAUCAAAGAUUGAUAAAAGUGCAAAGAUAAUAGUGGCUUGCUCAGCUGGGGGUACAAUGAGGCCAUCCCAAAAUCUUCCUGAAGGUCAACAGUCAAGAUCACUGAUAGCAGCCUACCUAUUAGUCCUAAAUGGUUACAAGAAUGUCUUCCACUUAGAAGGGGGCCUCUACAAAUGGUUCAAAGAGGGUUUGCCAGCAGAGUCUGAAGAGUAAAGCAACAUAAGUGCUAAAAAUGGUGCUUCUAGAGAAUCUCAAGUUUUGUCUUCAUUAGAGAUGGUAAUGUACUUGUUUCGUGACCGUCUCUAGUUUGUCCACAGAUUGAAGAUCAAUGUAUUGAAACUGAGUUUAAUCACACUGAGGGGCAUAUGCCUUAUGCCUCAUCACGAAAAUUUGGCACUAA